AUGGGUUCCGAUCAAAGUAGCCUUCCAGCUGGGGUACCUGGCAGCAGUUUGAGAUCUCAGCGUGAUGAAGAAAUCCCCUACACUCAGUAUUCUAUCAGCAAACCCAUUGAUUCGCAUUCUCCACGUCAGUCUCCUCGACCUCAAAAACCGCAGAGACCUGUUGUUAAGCAAGACAAAGAUGGCACCCCGAAGCAUGAAAUUGUUGUUGUUGCUGAUGGUUACAUUCCUGUUAAGGAUCCCGAUCCUGAACUGACAAAGCUGAACACCAUCCCUGUUUUCUUCCCAAUCAUGAGGUCAUCGCUGAACUUUCCCAAUGGAGGUAAAGAGGUCGAUAUUCUUGACAAGCUUGAUCAUAAACAGGUGCUGCAGCUGUGUCUAAGACACCAGGAUCAUCUCCGACAGUUAGCAGAGGCGGUGGCAUUUGAUCAGAAUGCUCUGUGUAUUCGCAUUAAAGAGAUUGACCAUACAAUUCAAGUCCUCAUGAAUGCCCUUGUUGAGAGACAGAAGAAAUACAGCAAAUACGUGGAACAGUUUGGGCGUGUCAGUGAGACAUUGAUAACCUUGAAGAAAAUUCAGAAGUCUAUGACUGACAUUGUUCCAAAAAUGGACAUGUUGAAUCGUCUGCUUCCUGCAUCCGAGCAACUUGAACCAUUUUCUACAAAGGCAGAAAGAUCUUCAUCAAAAUAA